UAGGCAGUCGUUAGCACUGACUUCCUAAUAGAUAUCAGUAUUUGGAGUUGAUUAAAAUGACUUCAAUAUUGACCGAUUCACUCCGGUUUGUUUUCUGCGUAUUUCUUCCCGUAUCACAAUGUCAGUUCCCCGUGCAGACCGGAAUAGACUGCUCAUAUCCGCUAUAUCCUUGUGCUAACGGGUAUACUACCAAUCAGAAUGGGUGUCGAGUUUGUGCAACAGCUACCUGGACCGACAGUGCACCAGCAUUUACAGGUGGUGCCUCGAUUUCGUUUGGCGGAGGACCAAUCGUUGGCGAUGGAUCUAUGAUAACAUCUGGGACUUAUUCAAAAAAAUACUCCAAUCCAUGCUUUCCCGGCACAUCAUGUGACUUGUCAUGUGACCGGGGAUAUUACAACGGGCCAAUGGAAAUGUGUCAAUAUUGUAUUUGUGCGCCUCCUGACGUGAUGAGUUAUACAAAUCCAUGCCCGGAAGCGGCGCAAACGUGUGACGCGUACUGUACGGACGGGUUUAUAACGGGGAAGGACGGGUGCCAAUACUGUGAAUGCGCCAUGCCAGGGGUGACAACUCCAACUCCGAAGCCGACUAAACCACUGACGCAAGAAGAGUGUUUUACCAAACUGCUGACCUGUACUCUGAGCCACCCGUUCGGUUUCAUGACAGACGACAAAUGUGAGAUGUGCGUGGAUAAGGACGAGGUGUACAAAAUCUCUAACAUUCCCGUGGAAAGACAGCCGGUCGUACGACUUACCAAACCGUGCAUCCAGGGUUAUGACACGUGCAUGAUUUUCUGUUCGUCAGGCUACCGAUCAGGACCGAGGAAUUGCCAGUUCUGCUCUUGCAACAACUAACUUUUGUUGCUAUGGCAACUAACAAUAGCUUGCAAAUACUAACACGUCUUACAAUAUUACUAUAAUGUGAUUGCAUGUUUUUGUGCAUGUAACAAAUAACAUUUAUUCCACUCUCUGAAUGUGCAACAUUAGACAGCUGCAAGGUCUGGAAUAGCAAUUGCAAAAUCUACACUUGCAACAACGCACGCUGUUAAUUCUUUAAUAUUUUAACCUGUAAAGCCUGACACCAUUUUGUUUGAAAGAUUGUCUGUUUCACGUUUGCAACAACGAACUAUUUUUAGUUCAGUUUUGAACUUGCUACGACUUAACUAAAUAACUAAUUGAGUGCUUCAAUUUGUGAUAAUAAACUUGUUGACUUUACAAAAACAACAGCCAACACUAUUCCCACUUAUGCAAUUAAUCGUUGUGUCGUCUAGAAACUAUAUUAUUAUAGCUUAACGGAUAUUCGGUCUGUUACAACAACAACAACAACAACAACAACAGAAGCAACAAAAACAACAACAAACAACACCAGCAACAACAAACAACAACAAAAAAGCAAGAACAAUAACUACAGCAACAACAACAUCAUCAGUAUAUCUUCUGCUUUAUUUUUCAUAUUUGCUGCUAGUUUUGUGCUAACAAUGCCAUGUGUCGCUCUGUCUUCUUACUUCUUACAUGUAGCAAAAAUACUUUAAUGUAUUAAGGAAUUCAGAAAUUGCUUCUGCUAUAAUAAAUAUUUUUUCCCUUU